AUGUCCUUCAAUAGCAACAACACCUCUCGGCCUUCUGUCAGUGAGCGCAGGGGUCAGCAAAUACCACCUCUACAAGUACAGACAAACUUCGGCCGCCCUGCCCCUUCGGUAGUCAACGUCGCAUCUCCGCUUACGCAACGUCAACGGCCAUCAGAUUUGGAGAACGAGAAGGUAGAACGGAUUCCCUUACAGCCGGCACGUGUUAAACGGCACUCUUCCAGGCCUAGUCUCCGCAAUAUUUUUAGUCGUGAAAAGCCUCCUCGGAAGUCAACCGACGCUAAGCUUUCAGGCAUCGAGGAGAAUCAGGAGCUACCGGUAAGCCAGGCGUCAUCUGAGCCAGCAGCACCCUUGUCUCCGCCACCAACUUCUUCUAUUACACCGCGGACUACCAUGACUUCCACUCCCGCUCCGGACACGCCAACCCAGGCGACGAACACACCUCAAUCCAAGUUGCAAGCGAAACAUAGAACAAAGACCGACGAAGAAGGCUCACCGCCUGCCGCUGAAGAUGCAACGUGGAAACCACCUCCACUGUUUAAAGCUUAUCCGCAAGGGUUGAAACAUGCUACUCUUCCAGCCCCAGUCCUAUCAGGCGAUUCCAUAAUGCGACUACAUGCCACCCACAAGGCAAGGGGGGCGAGUCUCCGGGACAAUGACAAGCAAGUCAACCAACCGGCAAAUGAAGAGCCUUCAGAAGAAUUGACGGCGCGAAAGAAGAAGCUCGAAAAGGAAAAUCAAAGGUACUUACGUGCUCUGUCUGACAACAUUGAAAAGGGUGAAUGGACUCAAAGAAUUUAUAUCAUUGCGACAUCCGGGUAUAUUCUACAGUUCUCUGGCGAAGGCAAGCACGACCGGUUGCCGGAGAAAAUGCUUCUUCUUGGACCGAAGUCUGUGGCAUUUGCCAGCGAUGCAAUUCCGGGCAAGCAUUGGGUGCUACAGGUAUCCCAGGGUUCUGAGGUGGACAGUAGUACAAAUUCGCCCGAGACGCCUAGGCCUCUCUUCUCACGGUUUGGGUUCCACAGGUCCCACGCUCGACGAAUGGCGCGGAAUUUGCUGCUUGUGUUCAAUGACCCGGAAGAAAUGAGCUCCUGGUUAUUGGCCGUUCGUGCAAAAAUCGAGGCCCGUGGCGGCAAAAAAUACGUGUCCGAAAAGGUGUACGACGAGGGCAUGGAGAGUCAGCUGCGGCCCACACCGAGCAUGCGACAGAUGGUCAAAAAGGAUCCCAACAGAUUCUCAGCUGUCUACCUCCAGCCACGACAAUCAAUGACCUUUGAGGACAAAGAGUCCAGUGCCGGUGACCAGUCUCACCGGAGCUCCUAUAUUUCUCUCCAUCGCCGGUCGAUGGUUAUGCAGCCACCCGCCGAAUCACGUUCAUGGUCGAUGUCUACAUCGCAAACGGAGGUCAUGUCCAAUCCUGAAGAACCAGGACGCUUUUAUUCUGCUCUUGGAUCCCCUCCCCUUCCAGAUGGCAGCGUCAUUUCGGAGACAGCAUCAUCCGUAACCGGGCCGACUAGCCCGACGUUCUCAACUCCAAGAAAACGACAGUCGAUGUUCCUGCCUCAGAUGGCAAGUUCGGAAGUUGCUGAGAUACCUCGAGCACAGUCGACGGUUCCUGAUGCACACUUUCGAAGCACGUCGCCCCCGGCGCCCAAUUUCAGUGUACCCUUCUUCAGCAAGAGAUUUGCAGCUCGACAAGAUAUCCCACAGGUCCCUCAUUUGCCUCCCACAAAUGGUGAGAAUCAGCGGGAUGAUACUUCAAUAGAUACCAUGUCAUUGUUCUCAUCCCCACCACAAUCUCCAAGUCGGGACGGAUUUAAUGUACCAGUUGAGGCUCGCGACCAACGCCGGCCAUCAAAUCGACAUGAACAAAUCAAGAAACAACUCCGUUCAUCGAAUUCAGAGGAUGCGCUUGGGAACUUGAGUCGGGAACGAGACCGUAGCCGUCUUCGAUAUUCGCAGCUGCCGGAGCAUAUUGCGAUGCCAUCUGGCGCGUCCAACUCCUCGCGCCCUGGUGCCGCAGUUAACGGCAAGCCAAUUGUACCUACUCCUGUGCUGCAUCCCCCAAAAACGUCUGGUGAGGCCACCCGUCGUGAUCAGCCAAGCAGGCCCGAUCCAGCAAGCCGACCUUCAUCUUUGGUCAUGUCACGACGGAAGAGUCUUAACGGACUCACCAUCGGACCCCCGACCGCACCUCCGCCAAAUUGCCCCUUACCAAAGAUUCCAUCGGCCUUUGUUGAACCGUCUCAGCGAUCUGCAUGGCCUGAGAAUUCUCCGCCAAUAUCCCCCGUUCCAGAUGGAAAGGCUCUGGACGCCGUCAACCCCAUGGCGGCUUCACGGACCGCACGAAGGGUUACGUCCCGUCACAUGGACAACAUGAUAUAA